UUACAUUGCCAACUUUUAUUGUUCUGUUUUAACUAACAAUGAAAAAACAAGAUAAUUGCUGUCGGAAAUUUUGUGGAAAAAUCAUUCUUACCAUUAUUAUUCAAUGUUUGUACUCUUUUGGACAAUCAUUGCCCAGUCAACUUCAUUGAUUGCCUUUUUACAAGUUUUUUUAUUUUUCUGAUGGUACUUUUCUAACAAGGUCAGUGACGAGUCAUAUUGGUACACGUACACAACUGUGCCCAUUUAAGCUAUCAGCUUUUCAUUUAUUUUGUCCAGUCACAAUUAACCUAUUUUUAAAUGCUUUUUUUCAAAUUGUUAAAUGGACACUUAUUUAUCAUGUCUGUGAAUAGUAGCCUUCAACUAUUAAUAAUACAUUGAUGAUAAUAUCUUGACUGCUAAGCUAAAUAUUGCUUGGGAGCACUUUGGGAGAGGACACAAACUGGUUGAGGGGCAUAGUGGUUGUCCAGGAUGGCCUCAACUUCAUAUUGCUUGCCCAUAUUCCUGGUUCUCCAAGCUUGUGCCACUGUGUAUAAUUCUGAUCGAGUGGCAUAGCAGGCUAGACUUGGCUCUGUUGGGGUUUUUGCCUUCUGCGCCACUCCAGGUGCAGGCCUGUCCUGUGGGUUUCCACCCAGUUUCAUAUCUUCAGCACCAUUGGUUUGGGCUCUAAAAGCCAAUUUUGAAUCUGACUGGUUGUAAGACAGAUAUGUCUGAAGUAUGAAACACGUUCGAUUUCUUGGAUGCAGUUGGACAUUGAAUGCUGAAAGUAAAAAAGGUAAGUUUAACUUCUUUUCGGAAAAGACACUAUUGCUUGAUUUGCAGGAAAGCUCAGUAAUGUAUUACUAAUAUUAUUUAUUUAUUUAUUUUUUAGGAUGUGCUAUCUGUGUAAAUUUCAACAUGUAGGCUAGCUACUGUUGUAUGUAAAAGUUUGGGCAGCACUGACAUGAAAAGAUGUAAACGCAACCUCUGCAUCAAAGUAUUAAAAAAAAACAUAUCAGUAGAUGUUAAAGCUCACUGACUUUAUAUUUGAUCCUCUUUAAACCUUGGGAUAACAAUCAUGUCAAAGCACUUCCAGCUCACAAUUUCUAUAGAAGAAAAUGUCACUAUGAUAUGGCAUGGCAGUUAAGGGGAACCGUGAAAAUUGAGGCACGAUCUGGAAGACUAAAGGCCUCAGCAUACUUCUUGCGAAACAAAAUUCUCGAGGGUUGUGCGAAGCCGAAAGUGCUUUCGCAAGCUUACAAGCUUGCAUACUUUCUGCGGUUUUGUUUUAUGAUAAGUUUCAUGACUGCUGGAAAAUGAUUCUUUGACAGUUCUAACUAUGGUGACGUUUGAGUUCAGAAUACUGCCACCAUUUAAGGUGCAAUGGGAAAAUUCGAACAAGAAAUUGGUAAAUAGAAAGCCAACUUCAGCCUCGUCGUCUUGUGAACCUAAAUAUAAGAUAACCUGUAUGUUUUGGUGCUCAGUACUAGUUAGUACUACCGAAUAAUAGACUUAAUAUCUUACAUUUAGGAGGUAUUCAUUGUUUAUUUAAUAAAUGCGCGUUUCACAGUGAAAUGUGUGUCUGCCAAAGCCGAAGCUCCUCAAAGUCGUCAGCUGCCAUAUGUGCGACACGGGCAACGAAGCCUCCGUGCGACGUCUGCGGUGGUUUGUUUUCUCCACAAUUACAUCAUAUUGUUCACUUAAGCCAGGUGAACUUCGUCUCCGCAAGAAGUAUGCUGAGGGCUUAAGACAACUCUCUGAUACAAUUGCUCAUAUGCUGCCUACAAAGGUGAAGCAAAACCACACUGACGAUAAAGGACCUGCAGGAAGGUUUAGCUCUUGAGUCGUGGGGCAGUGCUUUGUGCACAAAUGUUAUCUGAAAUUAUCAGAGAGAAACCUUUCAUGUGACUGCAUCACAAAAGUAAACAUCUAAAAUAUGCAAAACAUCUAGAUAAUCCAUAAGGCAUUUUUGAAACAGCCACUGUGGACUGCUGAAGUAAAAAUGAAACUCUCUGGCCACAAGCACCAAAAGUGCAUUAGGAGAAAAAAUAUGUAAGUUGGCCCAAACUUUUGCAUACAGCUGCAUACUGAAAUGCUUACCCUUGCUUAUGUUUUAAGUCAGCUAACUGGCCAGCUAACUUUUUCACUGUAUGAAGAGAAUUAGCUUGCCAUUUUAUGUAACUACAACAUCAAAUAUCUGCUUUGAGAGUAAUUGUUUGACCUUUUUUUCUGUUUUCAGAUGCGUCGUAGAAAGAGACGAAGACUAGAGGUUCUACCCAGUAAAAGUGUGGAAGCAAUUUCUGAACAUCAAGCUGAGUCCAGUAUAGAUGGAGCCAUCCCUGUGUGUACUGCCAAAAAAACCUUUGUGGUGGAAUCCCUCCUCAAAUCAUGUAACUUCAGAGAGAAACGGAGAUAUCACGUCAGCUUGGAAGAAAUUAAGCGUCGAGUUGGCCCCCCUGAGUUUAUGUCCUUAAAUGCACUAGUGUCAUAUCUUCGGACUGCAAAAUCCAAUAAAAAGUCACUGAGAAAAGAGUUAAUCGACCUAGGUGUUGUCCCACCCCAAGUUACUCGCCUCACUUCCCUGUGUUCUAAAUUAACAGAAGAUGAAGCUCAAGACCUGGCAGUGGACUUAGGAAAGCUUGCUAGUAGGCAUAUUGAUUUUAAAUCUGCCACUGAACAUCAGAUAUCAUUUGAAGACACGGCAACAGAAUUGACGAGAGCAAAGUCUUUUCGGGAGUUCUUGGAACAAACUAAAAAAGCCUUGGCUCCAUUCAUGAAUAGAUAUGAUACAGUGACUCAUGGUCUGGGUCCAAAGACAUUUGAUGUCAGUGUCCAGAUCAUAGAAGCGUACAUGACACAAGUAAUAAAACGGCUCACAGAAGAUCUGGAAAACUAAUGUGCAAUACAGUUCAAAAUGAGAGUCUUUUACAAAAACCUUUCUGUUAAUUUCAUUUGUUCAUGGUUGUGUAGUAAGUGGCUGAGCUACCAGAAAGCGUAACCAGGAGAGCUUAAAUUAAACAAAGAAAAUAAAGUGUCCCCCCGUGUAUUAAAAAAAAAAACACUGAAUCCUUGUUGUUUCAUUUUAAGCCUUUAUACUAUACAAAAUGUUUUCACUGAUUGAUUGCCACAAUCCAGUGUCACAGUAAAAUUAUUUGCCACAGGAAAUAUGUGCUGUUUGUCAUCAUUUGUGUCUCAGUUCAUACAUGAAAAAUGACCUGCAGAAUCAGCCUGUUUUAAAAUUUAGAUUCAGUUUAUGUAAAUCUUUAAUAAUGCAAAACAUUUUUAGUGAUGACUUGUAUCCUGUACACCAUCUGCUUAAAUCAGUAAUCAGUUUUCUUUUGCUUUAAUAUGUAUCUGGAUUGCCACUGAAUUUGUGUGCUCACUUGAUAUCAGUUGUUUUUAGUUGCACUUGACUUGUUGAGGCUUUUAAGUAACAUUUCAAACUUUCGUAUUCUCCUAAACCCUCAUCUCUCCCAAGCUACUUUGUAAACCAAGAGCAUUUUGGGAAGUGAUUUUUAAUGCUGCUGUUGUUAUUGCUUUGUUGUUGUUAUAACAAUAAUAGUAAUAAUAAUAGUAAUAAUAAUAAUAAUAAUAAUUUAUUGCUUAUUAUUUUUAUUUAUAAAUUUGCUUGCUCAAAAAAGUAGUAAAAAAAUCACAAUUUUCAGCUUUGUUAGUUCAAGUUCUGUACAUAUCAAAUAAAUGCUGCUGUCACAUCAAGACAGAACACCGUUGGUACCAAAAAUACUAACCAGAAUUCAUUAUUUUCCAGUAAUAUGGCUCAGCCCCAUUGUUUAAUUGACUCUUGUUGGAAUAGCCCCAUGAGAAACUGCACUUUAAAUCUUGCUGUCCAGAAUGUACAAAAUAGUGAAAAGAAUGUUUUGGCAAACAUGAACAAAAUUUCCACUGCACAGAUGGCAUGAACAGGUGUUGUCAUUGUUUCAUGCUACGUAA